AGCAGACGCCGUCAUGCAAUUGGAGCAGACGAAAAAAUAUUGGCACGGUCAAUGUUAUCACGUGAGACUUGCCGUGUAGUGUUUUGAAACUAGAGGAGGGAUAUUUAUGCAGUUAUCAGCUGUGAUAUUGCCCAUUAUUCCUCUAGUGAAACAAAUAAGUUUACUGUUCGUUUGUAAAUGAGACGUGGGCAAGUUAUUUUUAGGAAAGCUAAACAGAUCGGCUAAGAUUUCUUUUUUCCACACGGAAGUGUAAACAAGUAGCCGGGAUCGAGAUUUACAAAUGUGAAAUACACAUAUUCUUAAUUAAUCUAAAGAAAAUGUGUAAAAGACUCAAAUCUAUGCAUUUCUAGAUCAGGAUAAAUUCAAUCUAGUCCAUAGAGUCUAGAUCUAGUAGUACUAGUGUUGAUUAUAGAUCAAGAUCUAUAUACGUUGUAUUUUUUAGAAAGAUCUAAUCUAGGUAUUGCCCAGACAUUAGAUCACAUAGAUGAGUAAAUGUAGUCUAGAUUAGAUUCUAUGAUCUAUUUUUUCUAAUCAUCAAGAUGUAUACGCCUACAAAACAGGAGUCUAAUAAAUAUUUGAUUUUUUUUAAUGGAUAUAGAUCGUGAGUCAAGGAAUAGAACACUUCAAGACCCUUAAACAACCCCCUCUUGACCUGAACAUAAACUUUGAAGACCCAUCACCUGACGAAGACCACAAUAUCUGGACAAUUCUACUAACAUCCGAAAUGGUCAACAGAUCUUGUGUGGUGCCUCAACGGUCCAACAGACUAAGCCUGACUAAGGGAUAAAUGAAGAUUGUUUUGUUAUGACGAUUACAACAGGCCAUAGAAAAGCAGGGAUUAACUAAACCCUGUUCAUCUGUUAGGUUACAAAAAAAGUAAGAGAACAAGAUUUAUGAGCCCAGCCUGAUAAUAACAAAAAUGAACGCCCAUGACUGGGAAAAGCUUCAGAGAAAUAUGGAGGAUCUUCUAGAUAUUAAUCCCGUCUAUCCAAUCAUUAUCCACCUUUAUGAGAACGAUGUGAUAGAACUUUCGGAGAAGGUGGCCAUAGAGAAGAUUAAAGUGUAUGACAGACAGAUGAGAAAGCUUUUAAAAAUACUUAAAGGAAAACCAGAGAAAUACAAAGGUUUCAGGCAUUUUGUGGACGCCCUGAAAAUUGAUCCUGUUAAUAAGUUGAUUGCUGAUAAGAUCACAGGAACUGAAUCAAAAUCCGAUGCAUCUCUAAAAAACAAGACCAAUCCUGAUAUGUUGAAUGAGACUGUUAGAAAAAUUCUACUGUCAAGUUUGACCUGCGUCCCCAAAGAGUCCAUUCCAGUCUCUGAAGUGAGAGAGUUGCUGAAGGCCAAGUCAGUUUUCUCUGGCCAGGAUGAGUGGAGCAAUGAGAAGCUUAUAGAGUUUGUCAAAGAAACAUUUACCAGGGUGGAAGUUACUAAAGUGAAAAGACCACGUAAAAGAACUGCCACAACGUGCUUUGUUAACAUUGGCCCGAUCUUUGAAAGUGUGCAACCUCCUCCGGAGGUGAAACCUGAAAGCCCUCAAGAGCCGAAAGAAUUAGAGACGAUCCAAAUUUCUGAAGGUGGAAUUACGGAAUGCAAAGAACAGAAAGAGCUCAAUGAACAGAAAGAACUCAAAGAACAGAAAGAGGUUAGAGACAUGUCAAAUACUGAGCUUCGAGAAUUUCUGACGUCUCGUCUCGAGCAAGAAGGACAACCCACUGAAGACUUAAGUGUCUUAGAGAUGCAGAAUAUUUCUGGGAAGAUUUUCUUAACCAUGAAAGAGGAAGACUUUGAUAAGGUCCUUCCGAAAACUUCAACUUAUGGUGUGAAAAAGACAUUGGCUUUGUUGAUAACAGAACUUUCACACAAAACAAAUGUGUACCGAGCAUUUUUACGGAGAUUCGACACUGAAGUUACACACACAGAUAAAUACACCAAAGGCCACUGCGCGGACGUGUCUAUUAAUAUCCGAGGCAGAAAAACGCUUCCUGUUAAAAACUUUUAUCUAAUUGAAGAUACAGACCAAGAAAAUGCUCUAAUUUUCAUUUCUGAAGAGGUUGUGCCUUUUGUUUCAGCCUGUCUGAACGAUAGAAGAAAUGGCACAAUAUAUUUUGGAAUAAGUCCCGCCGAAAACGAAAAGUUUAGCCAAGGGGAGAUAGUUGGUGUUUGUCUGCCAAAGGAAGAAGUGGAAGCCGAAAUCCGAGAAGCCCUUAGUUGCUCAUUCACAGAAAAUCAAAAAGAGGUGGUCCUCAGUACAGUUAGGGAUAUUCGCUUUGUGCCUGUGAUUGAUACUGAAGACCAUCGGUACGUCAUAGAGCUAGACAUUGUACCUGCAACAGUUGCUCUCGAUAAAGAUAUUGUCAGAACAAAAGAAAAAUUUCUCCCUGAUCGUUUUCGCAGAAAUCAUAAAGGAAAAGAUGUAGUCGUAUUUAAAUUUUCCGAUGAAGGUUUUCCAAAGGUUGUUUCGUCUGAAGAACUUUGCCUGUAUGAAAAAGUUCAGCCAAGGAUAGUUGAGCAAAGAAAGCAAGAAGAAGAGAGUCUAUCAAAUGCUGAACCGAGCCGAAAUUUAAGAGUCAAACUUUUAAAUUUUUUAACUGGGGGCUCAGAGACAAUUCAAGACGUCAUUUUUCCUUUUCUUAUGACCAGUCCAUUAGAUGAACACAUGAACCAAGAUUACCUGACGAACAGAACAAAGUUUAUAAAACAUCUUCAACCCCAAGUCGUUUUUGAUUUUGACGACAAUGGAGCGGAUGCAGGACUGUUAAAAAAUUUAGAAGACAAACAUGAAGAGAGCCUACGGAUCCUAACGACUGAUGAUUUUGAUGAAGCUAAGUUGAAAAUAGAACAGUACAAUGAGUUGAGAACAAGCCUUGAUCAAGAAAUGAAAAUAGUUUGGAUGCUCUGUAAUGGUUACAAAGACAUGUCUAUUCCCGCUUUAAAACCUUUGGAAUGGAAUAGAGACAGAAGCGGCUCGUUUCAAAAAGCACUAAAGUGUUUUAUGGAUAUAUAUGAAAAAGAUAGAAUCACCAUCAUCAUUUGUUUAUUUUCAAGCAAUUAUGUCACAAUGAUUGAAGCGUGUGACGAGGUUCUUAGAAAACUUCCAGAUAACUGGAUAGUAUUAGCUGAGACGGAAGACAUCGCCCGACUUUGGCAAGAUCAAAUUUUGUGUAGAAACCGUGCGAAUAGAUCUGAUGUCAAUGAAAGAUGUGUGGUUGGGUUGCCAUGGGAACAGGUAAACUUAAUUAUUUGUCAAGCUACCAACAAAGAACCCAGUGAAAACUGCUGCCUCCCAAGCUCCACUGGAGCCUUUGUUGAAAUAAGAGAAAAGAAACUGAAGGACUGGAGCGAUAUUAGCGUUUUGCCUGCUAAAAAUUUUGAUUUGAAAAUUGCAAAAAAUGAAAAAGAGAAAAGGGAGAAAACUGUAGAGGAGAAAUUCUACAGGGGUGAACAAGUGGAUUGGUGGAACUUUGUCUUUCACGAUCAGGUUUUAAAAAGAGAUGUCCAUGACACGCUUAUGGAGAAUGUUCGCAAAGCCGUUGCAGUUCGACGCAAAGAUGAUCAGGAUUGUGUGAAUGUAGUAUCUAUUCUACACCAGCCUGGCGCUGGUGGAACUACAUCUGCAAAGCAAAUUUUAUGGGAUCUUCGAAACGAGUUCAGGUGCUGUGUUGUGGACAGAAUAACGCCACAAACAUGUGCUCAGAUUGACGAUUUUCGACUGUAUAAAGAACAGCGCCCUAAACCUGUGGUAAUAUUAGUAGAUAACGAAGAAAAAUUUGAUCAACUGCGGGAUAGUUUAGAAGAAAAAGGACGAGAAAGAUUGCGUUAUGGUAAUGAAGUCUUUACAGUUUAUUGUGUAAUCAUUGCGUGCUUACGAAGAACGUCACUGCCAUUUCAUAUGUUCAAAGAAAAUCAUGUUGCACUGAGGCAGGAGUUCACCCCCAAAGAAUUAGAAUGGUUUAAAAAUCGACACAAAACUCUGACCAAAAGAUAUAAUGAUAACAAAAACGAAAAUGUCAACCCAGAGUUUUUAAUUGCGUUUAAUAUUCUGCGCCACAAUUUCAACAAAGACUAUGUGUCAAAUGUGGUCAAAGCUUUCACGCAGGGGAUAACCGAUGAGCGUGAAAUCAAACUUCUGAAGAUCGUGGCAUUAUUAAACACGUAUGACCCUGAUUUCAAAGGCAUUCCAAUCUCUUGCUUCGACCAAAUGUUAAAUUACGUUUCAUCCCGUCAACAGGGAAAGCGAAAUGUAAACUGGGAGGCCAAAUUGAGCCAAGCAGUCAAAGUUUUAUUAAACGUGUCCUCUAAUAAAAAACUCACAAGCAAGAACUCCCAGCACUUGCAAGUCUGCUGUAAAGUCAUGGCCCAGGAAGUUUUGUCGCGAAUGAAAGAAAGAACGGGACAAAAAGACAGCAACAUAAUGUUGGAAAUAUUGAAUCAUGUUUUCCACCAAACCACCUCUGACUUCAAGUCAUUGCAAGCAAUUAUAAACAACAUUUUCAAAAAAAGAGACUACCAAAAAAAUGGUUUAGUCCGGAACAAAUUUUCUGAGUUCAUUCUUCAAGUCGAGUCCAAUGAAAAUGUUGAAACUGUUGCAGAAUUGCUGGAGCUACUUUACUCCUUAAACAGCGACCCUUUCACAGCUCAGUUGCUAGCUAGAUAUUAUAUAGAACAAAAGUGUUGGGAUAAAGCUAAACAUUUCGCUAAAAGUGCCACUGGCACGCUUGAAGAGAAUUCAUUUCUAUGGGACACUUACGGGCAAGUUUUUAAAAGCCAGUUAUAUGAACUCGUGUCGUUUGAGAAAAAUGUGCAGGAAGGGAUGAGGUUUAAGGAACAUGAUAUCUGUGAGUUUAUCAGCUUAGGAAAAAUGAGUAUUUGGGCAUUCAGAAGAGGGCAAAGUGUUAGCGAGCUAGAGCCAUCCACUAACGAAGAAAACAAUCUGGCUUCCUAUUUCGGUGAACUUAGAGUGAUAGCCUUGCUCCUCAGUGCUCUGGAGCUGUCCACACGUUUCAAAGACAGAGACGCCUUGCAUAGCUACUUAACCAGUAGUGACAAGACGGACGAAGAGCUGACAUUUCUAGGAGAGGAGGAACAAGAGUUUUUAAAAAGCCUGGAACAAUGUUCUAAAGAAGCCAUGCGUCGGCUGGACGACGAGUUUCUCCAAAUGAAAGGAAAAUCUGCUUACACCACGGACAGACAUGAGACAGACAGAAAAACAUUAAUUGACCUCAAAGCCAGUCUAGAUGUUUACUUUGGAGAAUGCAGCGAUGAGGUCCCGAAGUAUUACAACGAAGUUGAUAGUUGUGCCUAUCGUAGAAGACGAGCACGACUUCUCGGGGCCAAGUCUUUACAUUCUUUACUGGAAUUAAGAAAAGAUGGUAAAAAAGAAAUUUUGUGCCAAAUCUUUCAAUUACUGCACAUGAAUGUAGCUUCAAAGGAAAGAAAUUUUGAUGAUCUACGCAGUAUGUUGGACAUCGUAACAGUCUGUCUUCUCGACAGAAAUUUGGCUCCAGGAAUAACAUACGUGAAUAUUUUGGAUUGGUGCAAACAGAUGUACUUACUUGGGAGACAGAAGCAAACAAACGACAGAUAUCAUUUGGAAAUGUUUCUGUAUUUUGUCCUGUAUAAUUUCCCAACUGAAGAAAGAUCAACUUACGGGUUGAGAAUGGAAGCCGAUUUAAAACUGGCCAUAGAGGAAUGGAGAAAAGCCUUCAACAAAAAUUAUCCCAAGUCUGUAAAAUACAUCAAAAGAAGAGAGACGACAUUGUUUUUCCUUGGGAAUGGUCCUCCAUUGCUGGACCUAGUUUUCUUUGAAAAAGCAGAAGUUUUGCAAAUGUAUACGACACCACAAUUCAGGAAAAACGUACGAAUCCUAAAUGGGGUCUUAGCAGAAGGAGGUCAUGAGGUGAUAGUCAAAGUAAAAGUUGGCAGCAGUCGUGAAUUCUCUCUGUCUGUGCCGACCGCGAACCCAGUUCAAAGAAAUGAGAUGUUUAAGAGAAAGAUUUAUUUCUUCUUGGGAUUUAGUUUUUCUGGACCUAAAGCGUUUGGAAUGUGCGUGGAACCACCUCAGCCUAUAGAUACUCCAUUGUUUAUAGCAACAGGAACGAGCAGUCCGCAGCGAAUGGAACAACCUGAAACUCUGCAUUUGCUCAUUAGUCAGUCGAAGAAAUAUCUUAUGCAGCUUCUUGACCCAAAGCUACCUCCGCACCUGAGAUCAAGAAUUUACGAAGAACAAGAUCAAGUCCGUAAAAAAAUUCGGAUACUUUUGGGUGAACGCCUCUCAUAUACUUGAGUUCUCUCUGUUUUUUCAAAGCUUGACAAGAAGUGGCUGUCUUCAGGUGGACACAUCCUGACAAGACAUUUU